AUGGUAAUUUGGCUGUUUUUAUUAGAGAUCUGUUUCCUCACGCCUGUCUACAGGGUGUUCCCGCACUCUUCCGUUGGUUAUCUAAAAAUCGUUUAUAAAGUUGAAGAGCAGCAUCCAAAGCCAAUCGAAUCUUCCCGCGAUGAGAAUGGCAACGUCACAGAGUAUACUCCAGUUGACAUUACACAACCAAAUCCCAAUAAUCAGGAAUUUGACUGUCUUUACUUGGAUAUGAACGGUAUCGUACAUCCAUGCUCACAUCCUGAAAACAAGCCUGCUCCUGAAACUGAGGAGGAAAUGAUGCGCGAAGUUUUCAUUUAUACCGAAAGAGUCGUUAAUAUGAUUCGUCCGCGUAAAUUACUCAUGAUGGCUAUCGAUGGUGUUGCUCCUAGAGCCAAGAUGAAUCAACAGCGUGGUCGUCGCUUUAGAUCCGCCCAGGAAGCCAAAGAGAAGGAGGAUUCUCGUCAGCAGCAUUACAGAGAAAUGGAAGCUCAAGGUCACACUUACACUGACGAACAAAAGGAUAAGCGUGCAUGGGACAGUAACGCCAUUACUCCUGGCACCCCCUUCAUGGACCUCCUCGCUCAAGCUUUAAGGUACUGGGUCGCUCGUAAAAUGAAUCAAGACGAUGGCUGGAAAAACCUUCAAGUUAUAAUCUCAGAUGCUAGCGUUCCCGGUGAAGGUGAACACAAGAUUAUGGAUUUCAUUCGUCGUCAGCGUUCACAGCCGUCUCACAACCCAAACACGGAGCAUGUCAUAUACGGUCUCGACGCUGAUCUAAUCAUGCUUGCUCUUGCUACCCACGAGCCAAAUUUCAGAGUUUUACGUGAGGACGUCUUCGCUCAGUCUGAUAAACAGCGCAAACAGAAUAAAGGUGGUAGAGGUCCACCGCAACAACCCAAUUCUGAUCAGCCAGCCGAACCAAACCCUUUCAUUUUCUUAGACGUCACUACUCUCAGAGAAUACCUCUACUUUGAACUUAAACUGCCUAAUAUGCCAUUUGGGUAUGAUUUAGAACGCGCCAUUGAUGACUGGGUGUUUAUGAUAUUCUUUGUCGGUAACGAUUUUCUUCCCCAUCUACCUUCGUUAGAGAUUAGGGAGGGAGCUAUUGAUACUUUACUCGCUAUUUGGAAACGUUGCUUGCCAUUGAUGGGAGGCUACCUCACCAAGCAUGGUGAUGUCAACCUCAAGCGCGCGCAAAUGAUCAUGGAUGGGCUGUCCAGCAGUGAGGAUGAGAUAUUCAGACGUAGGAAGGAAACCGAAGACCGCCAGGAUAGGAAUGCCAAGAGGAGGAAGAUGGAGCAACAGAAGAGAGAUGUUGAACUGAGCAACAGAGGCUCUCAAAGCACGCGCGCACCGCUCCCAAGCGACAGAAACAUGGACGCUUCUACGGACAGCUCGUCCAUUGGAGGCGUCGAAUACAAAAGCGUCGACAUUAAAUCAAACAACGACCUAAUUGCGAAUAGACACAAAAUGCGCAUGGCAAACAUGAAUGCGGCUGACAUGUUGAAAGCUCAGAUGAGUGGUGGGUUUGAGAUGAAGAGUGAUGGACAGGUGAAACAAGAGAACCAGAGGCUCAAUGAGACAGAAGAGGACAAUAAACGCAAACAUCCUGAAGAAGACGUACCAGAAGACGAGCAGAUUCCAGGUGUGAAAGUAACGAAAGCCGAACCAGAAGACGAAGAGCAGGGUGAAGAGAGCAGCACACAGCCAUCCAAGCCGAAAGUCAACCCCGAUGGCACCGUCGACCAGGAGGAUACAGUUAAGUUGUGGGAGCCAGGCUAUAGAGAGCGCUAUUACCGACAAAAAUUCAAUAUUGAUUUAUCGGAUGUCGAACAGCGCAGGACUAUCGUUCAUAAGUAUCUGGAGGGUCUUUGCUGGGUACUCAAGUACUACUACCAAGGCUGUCCAUCAUGGAAAUGGUAUUACCCGUACCACUACGCCCCGUUUGCAGCUGAUUUUGAAAAUAUUGAAUCACUGCCAAUUAAAUUUGAACUGGGUAAACCAUUCCGCCCGUUUGAGCAGCUGAUGGGAGUUUUCCCUGCAGCGUCCGGAGUGCAUAUACCGCGCCCAUUCCGUGAAUAUAUGACAAGUCAUGACUCACCCAUACUUGAUUUCUAUCCAGAAGAUUUCAACAUCGACAUGAAUGGAAAGAAGAUGGUGUGGCAGGCUGUGCCAUUGCUGCCGUUUAUAGACGAGGAACGACUAACUUCUGCGCUCAAGACACGCUACGACGACUUGAGCGAUGAUGAGAAGAGGCGGAAUGAGCGGGGAUGUGAGACCCUGAUGAUUAGCGAAGAGCAUCCGCUUUACGACCAAAUAUGCAAGCUUUAUACGAAGCGAAAGGGCAAUUCACGUAUUGAGUUGGAUCUAGCCAAGGCUGACAGUUUGGCUGGUUACGCUGAGGCAGAUGCGGACGUUAUACCUGGAUCUACAUUCUACUCGCCGCUGAGCACACUCGAGGACCAGCCGGAUGUAGUUGAUGACCGUUCUAUUGCUGUUCGGUAUGGCUUCCCGGAGCAGACACAUCCACACAAGAGCACUAUCCUCAAGUCAUUCAAAGGUAAACCCAAACAACUUUCCAGCUACGACAUCGAGAAGGCGAAGAACGGCGGCGACAACAACAACAAUUACAGAGGUGGUGGACAUAACCAGUUCAGAGGCAAUAACUCGGCUGUGCCUUCUAGUAGGCCGCCACGCCCGCAGUUCGGGAGCGCUCGUCCACACAGACCGCCUCCAAGCUAUAUUCAAGGCAGACCGAUGGGCGCGCGCCCUCCACCUGGCCAAGGAGUGUUUUCUCCAUCAUUGGCCAACGGCGCUAGGCCACGUCCUCCACCGCCGACGAUGGGUAUGGGUAGACCCCGUCCACCGCCACCUACUGGCGGAUACAGGGGCAGCUAUGGCGGCUACGCCGGCGCACAGAGACCUCCUCACGGUGGAUACCGAGGAUAA